AUGAUCAUCCCACGCCAAUCCUUUGCCAGACCAUUCAUUGUCUCGCUACUGGUUGUGUCAGUUACAUCGUCCAAAUUGCUCCAUCUCCUCCAACAUGCCUCCUCUCUCCCCUCCGGACAAUUUGCGCUCUACUUUCCGACAUUCUUCAUCCUUGAAACUAUUCAAUGUGUAAUCGCGUGGGCAUUGUUAUUCAAAUUUACGGGCGUGAAGUCAUUUUUGGGCACUGCAGUGACGGUGGCUAUCACAUCUCUGAGCUUCAUCUUAAGCUCAUCUCAAAUUGGGUUCUAUUUUGUGACUGGUAGUGAGAUACGCUGGGAUGCAGCCACAACCGUGGGAAAUGACCCGGAAGGGAGAAAGUUGAUGCUCAGCGGGUUGAGAUCAUUUUUGGGAGCUGCGGGUGCCCUUCUUGGGAUUUCAUGGCUACUCAAACAUUUGACAUAUGUUUUCAUAGAGCAUUGGAUGUCUGCGUUAUUUAGCGCACAAACUCAAAAGGCAGACGAAGAAGGCAUCAUGACUAGUCCCCAAAGAAAGUCUCGAGAAGCACGACUCACUCGAUUUUGGACAGUAUGCGCCGCAUUAGUCAUUGGAGUCUUGCGCUUGACUCGGCCUCAGAUACCUUAUAACCAUAUGUCUGAAACUAUCCCAUUUAGCUUCUUCCAAGCUUUGGGGUCAAGACCUGCUGAGCUGCAUCAGACUGGAGAUCAAUCAUUUCCACUCGCAGACCUGAUUGAUGAGCCAUACUGGGAAGGGUCACACGAUCACUUCAAGGGUUGGGCCCCGGGAAAGCCAGAUUCCAACGCCAAAAAGAAUCAGCCCGCAUGGGCGUCUGAGGAUUUACCACCAGGGUUCGAGCGAUGGAUCGAACGAGAGACCAAGAGAGAGAAAGAAGACAAUGUUGCUCUGGAUGAAAACGGGAUUUCUCCGAAUAACAUUUAUAGCCCCAUGGAUGACCCUCUUCGAAUCACCAACCUCGACCGUGAAAUGCUUGAGCCUGUAGCUAGGGCUCUCAAGAACCACAAAGUUCCCAUUACACAUGUCAUGCUUGUGAUGAUGGAAAGUGCUCGGAAAGACAUAUUCCCCCUCAAGGCAGACUCACAUUUGCACAAGGAGAUUCUAUCGUCCUACAAUACCCAAGAUCCCGAAGUACUCCAAAAAGUCAAUGACAAGUUAUCAAAUUUGACACCAAACGCAGAGAAAUUGACCGGGGAGGCGAGUGGACUUUCAAAAAAUGACAAAAUUUCCAGCCCUAGUGGUGGAUGGAAUGACACAACAGAACCAGGAAUGGGUGGCAUCAAUGUCAAUGGUAUUCUUACUGGUAGCAGUUUAUCGUUCAAAAGCGCAGUCAUGAACUACUGCGGUGCGGGCCCACUGCCAGUGAACUUCAUGGAUGAGGUCAACUCCCAGAAUUAUCAGCCGUGUAUCAUGCAGAUCUUUGAAUUGUUCAACCAACUCAAGGAGAAGUCCGCUAAGAAGGGUACAGUGAAUCAUACGCCUGGGAUUGGGCUUGAGCAUAUCCAUGAUCGAAACUGGAGCUCCGUGUUCUUGCAGUCCAUUACAGGACUGUACGAUGAGCAAGAUAAGCUCAACGAGCAGAUGGGGUUUCAAAAAUCUAUCUAUCGCGAAGACAUUGACCAUCAUGGUGCCAAACAUUACCACAAGGACAUGGAAAAGAUCAAUUACUUUGGAUACCCGGAGUACGAGAUAUAUCCAUACCUGCGGGAUGUGGUGCACAGUACAAUUAAGAACAACGAGCGGCUUUUCUUGUCCCAUUUCACAAGCACAACACAUCACCCAUGGGGCACGCCUGCAGAAUACCAUGAAGAGCAAUACUUUGCCGAAGACGGCCUGAUGGCGAAGCACGAGGACAUCAAUAAAUAUCUGAACACGGUCCGAUACGUGGACACAUGGCUUGGUGAUAUGAUGAAGGUCCUGGACGAAACUGGGAUUGCAAACGAGACAUUAGUCGUGUUCGUGGGAGAUCAUGGCCAGGCGUUUCCCGAAGACUCGCCAGUAUCCGGUACAUACGAGAAUGGACAUAUCAGCAAUUUCCGCAUUCCCCUCGUUUUCCGACACCCGCUAUUGCCCGCACUACAAAUCACAGCAAAUGCAACCUCGAUGUCUGUCGUCCCGACCAUUCUCGAUCUACUCGUGAAUUCGGGCUCAUUGAACGAGAUGGAUUCUAGUGCAGCUCUAGACCUGAUGAAUGAAUACGAGGGACAGUCACUGGUGCGCCCGUACCAAGCUACCCAUAAUGGCCGACAGGCAUGGAACUUCGGCAUCAUCAACCCCGGUGGUACAAUGUUCAGUGUUGGAUCUGCGGCAGUCCCAUAUCGACUCAUAUUGCCCCUCACUGAGGACUUUGAAUACGUUUUCUCUAAUCUAGACACUGACCCGGAUGAGCAGAGUCCAUUACGUGGGUGGUCCCUCGAGGAGUUGAUCGGCCGUGUGGAAAGGCAACAUGGAGACAAAGCCGGGAAGUGGCUGGUAGACGCGGAGAAAGUGGGAAAAUGGUGGAUUAAGGAACAGAAGAGACUCUGGAAUUACCAAUAA